AUGGUUGAAGCUCCGGUUUUAGGACCAAAGCGUGGAGAAGUGCUGUUGCAUAUCAAGGCCACUGGCAUCUGUGGAUCGGAUGUCCAUUUCUGGAAAUCCGGGCGGAUAGGCUCGUUGGUCUUUGAAGGAGAUUGCAUUUUGGGACACGAAGCUGCUGGAGUUGUGCUCAAGUGCGGAGAAGGUGUAACGAGCCUCGUACCAGGCGACAGAGUGGCCAUAGAGCCGGGUGUUCCUUGUGGAGACUGCUUUCUCUGCUUAGACGGCAAGUAUAAUCUCUGCGAAGACGUCAAAUUCUCCGGCGUCUAUCCCUACGCGGGUACGAUUCAGCGAUACAAAAUACACCCAGCCAAAUGGCUUCACAAGCUCCCGUCCAACAUAUCGUUUGCUGAGGGCGCCCUCCUUGAGCCUUUGAGCGUUGUUCUGCACGGCAUCCGCACUGCUGGUCUCAACCUUGGUUGUGGCACCGUUAUCUGCGGUGCCGGACCAAUUGGGCUGAUUGCUCUGGCCGCCGCAAGAGCAUCUGGCGCACAUCCGAUCGUGAUAACAGACAUCGAGCCAAAGAGACUCCAAUUUGCUCGAGAAUUUGUUCCAUCAUGUCGAACCUACCAAGUAGAUCCUUCUCUAAGCGCUGAAGAGAAUGCACGCGGAAUCCGGCGGCUGUUUCGGCAUGCCGAUGCCGAUAUAUCACAAGACAUUGUCGAAGACCUUCACCAAGAGUACUAUGCGCCGCGAACAAUUCUUGAGUGCACAGGUGUGGAAAGCAGCGUGUGUACAGCAGCAUUUACAGUCAGACGGGGCGGUACCAUCUGCGUCAUUGGAGUCGGUAAAUCGAUCAUGAACAACUUGCCUUUUAUGCAUAUUUCUCUAGCUGAGAUUGAGCUCAAGUUUAUUAACCGGUAUCGAGAUACAUGGCCGGCGGGUAUUGCGUGCCUCAGUGGAGGAAUUCUCGACUUGAAGCCUCUAGUCACUCACGUUUAUCCUCUUGAGGAUGCCAUGGAUGCUCUACAUCUGGCAGCCGACCCCAGAAAUGGAAGCAUCAAGAUUCAGAUUGUAGACGAAGCCAGCGAGAAUGCGAUAGAAUAG